AUGACUCAAACAAGCGGCACCGGGCCAGUCGCAGAAGAAGAUCGUCUCAGGAAUGCCAUGUACUGGCCAGAGGAUGGCGAACCAGUGUUUCACGUUGAUGCGUACAACUUCGGGAAAUCACUUGGACCGCUUCUGAAGAAUGAGUCUAGCAUGGAUGAGCUCGUCAAAUUCCUGCAAUCAUACGAAUUGUACAGAAGCGCUGAACGCCGCGUCAUGAGGCCACUUUACACCAAUCGAUACAUGGAUGCUCAGGAGGUUCAGGCACUAGUUCGAAAGCAAAAGGCGGCCCAUGACAAAGCCAUGACUGCCGAACCCGGAUGGCAGGAGGCAAUGAAGGAUGCAGGCAUCUGGGAUGAUGAUAAGGAGACAUUCUAG